UUAAAUAGGUAUAUAGACAGACUGACUGACUUAAAAGUUCUGAGGCAGUUAGAAAGACUAAUACGUGGGUCAAAGCUAAUAGGAAAUAUACAAACAAAAUUAAAUUUCCAAUUAAGGCAAAAUGGAGACUGGAGUGCACACAUAUGCCAAUUCAAGUUAUAUUACUGAGAAUACGUUUGAUUGUCAGGACAGUAAGGACAUACUAACUGAUUUUCAUAAUGGCAAGAGGAAUGGAAUAGCAGAAGAUGACCGGGGCAUUAACAGGAUCAGGAAAAUCUUGGGAACCAAUAGUGCGUGUUACAGAAUGACUGCAGUGUGUGUGGUGCUUCUCCUGCUGACUGCAGUUACAUUACUGGGGAUCAAAUUACUAAAUACAGAAAACAACCAACAGACCACAUACAACAACCUGACUAUAGAGAGAGACCAGUUACAGACCAGAUACAACAACCUGGCUAUAAAGGGAGACCAGUUACAGACCAGAUACAACAACCUGACUAUAGAGAGAGACCAGUUACAGACAAGAUACAACAGCCUGACUAUAGAGAGAGACCAGUUGCAGUCUACUAAUUAUGAACUGAAUAAAAAAAAAGAUCAACAAGAAGCCAAACUGAAGGAACUUUCAAACAAAAUGGUAAUUUUACAAGCUAGUUAUGAUGACAUGAAGAACCAGCAUGAUGCGUUACAGAUGGAAAAAGAUGGCUUUCAGAGGAAGUUGGAUUCUGCAGUGGGUUGGACAUAUUCUGGCUCUGCGUUUUACUUGAUCUCUACUGAGACAAAAACCUGGAGUGAGAGCAGACAGGACUGCACAAGUAAAGGAACAGACCUGGUGAUCAUAAACAGCAGAGAGAAACAGGAGUUUAUCCUUAAACUGCUCGGCAGCAGGCAGGCAUGGAUUGGUCUCAGUGACAGAGACAGAGAGGGAGAGUGGAAAUGGGUGGAUGGUACACGACUGACCACUGCCUACUGGGGUGAUGGUGAACCAAAUAAUGCAGGUGAUGAGGACUGUGCUGAGGUUGUGGGUUCAGAAAACUGGAGAAAAUGGAAUGACAAGCCAUGUUCACACAAGAACUUAUGGAUAUGUGAACAAAAGUUGCUUCUUAGUACUUAGAGAAAAGUACUAAAAAAAUAUUAUUAUAUGUGUACAAUUAGUUAUUGUUCUUGUAUUCUCUGGUCAUGUCAUGUAAAAUGAAUAUUGUCUUAUGUUGAGAUCUAUGGAAAGGGCAAUCCAUUUCUGCUUCAUAAUGUUUCAUAGUGUGAGAUCAGUGAGUUAUUUGGAUCUGUUGUCCAGAGAAAUUACAGCCAUCUGAGAAACUUCUUAAAAGCAUGAAUCUGUUGAGUUCUAUUAAUAAAAUUUCUUUGAGUUA